AUGCGCUUUGGGCACCCUUGGCCGCCCGCCCUCUGCGCGCAGGCCCAGCGACGCCGGUUUGUGAGGCGCGCAAGCGCAUUUGUGUUUGGCAUCGUUGCUUGGUUACAUUAUGCUGCGCUCAAAGAUUCCAAACCUGGGAAUUUCGCUACUUGUUGGGCUCUAGAGGCGGUGAAAAGCGGAGGGGAAGGGGAAGUGUUUGUGAAGCCUCCAGGCUUUGCGGUGAAGAAGUUUUUUAGCUUCGGGAGUAAGAAGGGCGGGUCGUCCUUUCGCGUUACCAGCUCGCUGAGGGACGGCCCGGGCAUCCUGCGUGAGAGGAGAAUUGGAACCAGCAGCUUCGGGUGGGGGUACAACAUCCGAGACAAAGAUCUCAGAAAGAUCCACAAAGUUGCCAGCAUGGGCCACGUAAGGAAACUGCAGGAGAUUCUACUUUCCGGGAAACACGGCGUGGACGAAAGAGACCAGAUGAACAGGACUGCUCUUCAUUUGGCCUGUGCCACUGGCCAUCCAGAUGUCGUUGCUGUCCUAGUGGAGAGGAAAUGCCAGCUUGACCUCUUUGAUAAAGUUAGGACUGCUCUGAUGAAGGCUGUACAAUGUCAGGAUGAGAGAUGUGUGACUAUUCUUCUAGAACACGGUGCUGAUCCAAAUCUUACGGACAUUGCUGGCAAUACUGCUCUCCACUAUGCCGCCCUUGGUUCGAAUACAUCAAUAGCAGAGAAGCUGCUUCUACACCAUGCAAAUAUUGAAGUGAGAAACAAGGAUGACCUCACACCAUUUUUACUUGCUGUAAGUGAGAACAAACAGCAAAUGGUGGAAUUUUUAAUAGAAAAAGAAGCAAAUGUACAUGCAGUUGAUAAGUUGCAAAGAACAGCCCUCAUGCUUGCUGUACAUUAUGAUUCUGCAGAUCUAGUCAGGGUUCUUCUUCAGCAAGGUAUUAAUAUCUUUUCUGAAGAUGCGUGUGGAUGGACUGCAGAAGAAUAUUCUAUUUUUAAUGAUCUUAAAGUCAGUCGCCAACUAAUUGCCGAACAUAGAGAAGAAAAACUUAACAAUGAUUUGCAAAGUAAGAAUGCAGUUAAGACUUUUCAGAGUAAAUUACUUUUGGUGAAAGACGUUAAACGUUUAUUUGGAGCUGCGGAUCAGAAAGGACCACGUAUAUUAAAUGAACAAGUAGAAGAUUCUCCGAAAAGAUAUCCUUACGUGAAGGUAAAACUUUUAUAUUUUUAUUUUGAAUUUUUAACUACCGAUUGUAUGAAAGGUCCAUCAUGUCUUAAUCAUAUUGUUUCAAUACCCAUUCAGCCUACCGUUGAAGUGAAAGAUUCUGUUCCUAAGAAAACAGUAGAAGUCAAGGAAAAACAAACAUCCAACUCAGAGUUGGCUUUCCCAGCAAUUUGCCAGCAGAAUGAAUUAGAAAUGACAUCAGAGGAAGAGCAAAAAAGACUUGAUGAAAGUGAAAAUAACCACCUACAGGAUAAAGGUACUUCACAAACAUGUAUCCUGGCAGAAAAGACACGUGAAAAUCAAACCCAGCAAAUUAACGUUCCACUUUUGCAUCUGCAAAAAAAGUCUCGAGAACCAGAAAUGAAUAAGAAAUGUGAUAGAAAGGAUAAUAUAUCUGUAUAUUCAGAACAUCCUUCUGUGCAAAAGCGUGAGGAAAUCUCGAUCAAACAAGGCAAAUUAGUGUGGAAAAAUAAUCUAAAACACAUCACCAGUGAGUUAAAGCGGACGUUUGGUGAAACUUGUGAAAAACACAAAAUUGCUCCUUAUCCUAAGGAAGAGUCACCACGUGGUAACUUUAAAGAAGGAGCAAACUUAAUGGAAAUACCUUCUAACUUGACAAAUGAUAGACUUGAUUGUGAGAAAAAGGAUAUAUUUGCAGUGCCUGUCCCUCUAGUAGUUCAGGCAUUUCCUGAACAAAAAAAGUCUAGUCUCACAUAUGCUUGCCAGGCAUCUUCUGAUUUUUCUUUAAGUGAAAAUAAAUCAGACUGUGAAAAUGAUAACAAACCAGACACUGAGCAUAUGUCUAAUAGUCAUAAAGAAGAAAAAGAUCUGUUGCCUAAAACCCACAUGUGGCAGGAUGAAAUUGCCAUGCUAAGACUGGAAAUAGACACAAUAAACAAUAAGAACCAGGAAAUGGAAAGUAAAUAUUGUGAAGACAUUGAAAUUAUAAAAGAAGAGUGUCAUCUUCUAAAGACCAUAAAACUGAAUGAGGAAACAUUAACAAAAACAAUAUUAGAAUAUAGUGGACAGAUUAAUGCCCUGACCACUGAGAAUACAAUGCUAAAGUCUAAACUGGAGAAUGAAAAGCAAAACAAAGAAAGACUGGACACACAAGUUGGAUCAUAUCGAGCUAGACUAGCUACUGCUCUAGAGGAUUAUGAUCAAAGUCAGGCGUCAAAAAGAGACCUAGAACUUGCUUUCCAGAGAGCAAAAGAUGAAUGGUUUUGUCUGCAGGACAAACUGAAUUUUGAUGUGUCUAACCUAAAAGAAAACAAUGAGCUUCUUUCUCAAAACCUUUCUAAAGCUGAAAGUAAAUUCAAUAGUUUAGAAAUUGAGCUCCAUCACACAAGAGAUGCUCUCAGGGAAAAGACUUUGGUUUCAGAAUGUGUACAAAGAGACCUAAGUCAAACACAGUGUCAGAAAAAGGAAAUGGAACACAUGUAUCAAAAUGAACAAGAUCAAGUGAAUAAAUACAUUGGAAAGCAGGAAUCCUUAGUGGAGAGAUUAUCUCAACUACAAAGUGAAAAUAUGCUGCUUCAUCAGCAACUAGAUGAUGCUCACAACAAAGCUGCCAGUAAAGAAAAUGUAGUAACUAAUAUCCAGGACCAGUUUCAGGGUAUCGUACAAAAACUUCAAGCUGAAAGUGAAAAACACGGUCUUUUGCUGGAAGCAAGCAAUAGAGAGCUAAUCAAUGAAUGUAAUCUUUUAAAAGAAAGAAUGUAUCAGUAUGAAAAGGAGAAAGUAGAAAGAGAAGUAACGGUGAGACACCUUCAACUAGAACUGGGUGAUUCCCUAAAAAAACAGUCUAUUUCAGAGGCUUCGCUGGAGGUUACAUCACAUUGCCGUAUUAAUUUAGAAGAUGAGACACAGGAUUUGAGGAAGAAAUUAGGUCAAAUCAGAACUCAGUUGCAAGAAGCACAAGAUCGACAUGCAGAGGCUGUAAGAUGUAUUGAGACGUCGAAAGAUCACGUGCAAAAGCUUGAAGUUGAAAAUGCCAAGUUAAAAGUUACAGUCAAAAAACAAGCGCACAAAAAUGAACAACUUCAGGAAAACCUGUUAAGUACAAGUUCGUCUGAUGAAAAGGGACAGAUAAAGAAAUUGAUUGAGUUGAAACAAUCUCUGGAAUGUAGUUUGGACCAAGAAAUGAAGAAAAAUGGUGAAUUAGAAAAAGAGAUGACUAGAUUUAAGAAACUCUUAAACGUGACAAGGAGAAAGUUAAGUGAAUAUGAAGGUGGAGAGCUUACUUUCCCUGGAAAUUCAAAAACCAAUCAAAUUGAAAUGGAUAGUCAGAUUAAUAUGCUAAAACAGAAGGUUGAUGAUCUUUCAGCAAAACUGGAAACUGCGUCUUCAAAAUGUCUAUACUUGGAUGCAAACAACCAGCUUCUUACCCAGGAGUUAUCAUCUAUGAAGGAAAUGCAGAAGAAAUACGAAAAACUAAAGAAGAAUAAAAAGAAGUUGGAACAACAAGUAGUAAACCUCAGAAGUCAUGUAGAAUUCAGUAUGAUAGAAUACAGUAAAAUAGAACAAUAUAAACGGGAGCUUGAAGAAAGAACAAGAUUGGACAUAACAGAAAAAUUAAAAGAAGCCAAUCUGUUUUUCCAGACACAAGUAGCAUCUCAAGAACGCUUAGGACAGUUAAGAGAAACUAAUAAUGUUUAAAUAAGAAAUCAAAUGGAACUCAGAAUUAAAGAACUGGAAUUUGAAUUAUCCAGAAUGAAAAGUUCUCAAGAAGAUUUUAAUAAAACAGAAUUGGAAAAAUACAAGCAACUCUACCUAGCAGAAUUAAAAGUUCGAACGUCAUUGACAAAUGAACUGAACAAGACUAAUGAGAAGCUGGCAGAGACCAGUACCAAACUUCUGGUGGAGACACAGCAAAAAAAGCCUUUGAUUAAUACUAUUGCUAUGAGCCCUGUCCUAGAAUUGCCUUCUGUUAGAAAUAUGAAUAAUAGUUCACUGUUGAAUAGAUAUGUUGCUCCAAGAGAAAACCUAGUGAUUCCUACCUCAAGCUCAUGGCCUACAAAGAAUGGCAUCGAGACUUUCUUGACCUUUUUUUCCUUGGGUUUCAGAUUUCUGAUAUAAUUUUUUAAUUUGGUGAAAUUCUGAGUUGUUUAACACACACUAAGUAAAAGUCAUAAUUAUAUGUGCUAAUAAAGAAAAGAGACAGAAAUUUUAUGAUUUUUUUUUAGUUCCUGGAGCUCUUACUUUCAAGAGAUACUUAUUAUUAACUUUAUUUAGUAAAUAUAACUAAACUGACAUAUUUUACUAUUUUUUAAAGAUUUUAUUUAUUUAUAUAUUUUUUUGAAGAUUUUAUUUAUUUAUUUGACAGAGACACAGUGAGAGAGGGAACACAAGCAGGGGCAAUGGGAGAGGGAGAAGCAGGCUUCCCUCCAAGCAGGGAGCCCGAUGCGGGGCUUGAUCCCAGGACCCUGGAAUCACGACCUGAGCCAAAGGCAGCCGCUUAACAACUGAGCCACCCAGGCGCCCCUAAAGAUUUUAUUAUUUUAGAGAGAGAGAGUGCACAAGAGGGAGAGAGAGCAUGAGACUUUGAAGCAGACUCCCCACUGAGCGUGGAACCCUACGUAGGGCCCAGUCUCAUGACCUAUUUUCUUACAUGAGAGUACAUUUUUAAUUGCUUUCUUACUUAUAGCAUUUUUUUUUUUACUUAUAACACUUCUAUUUCAUGUUUUACAAAAUGUCUUGAGCAGUUGUAGAGCAAUUUUCUAAAUAGCUAAAUCAAGCAAAUAUUUGAUUUUUUUUUUUCUUUCAGAGAGGGAGUGCAAGCAGGGGGUGAGGAGCAGAGGGUAAGCAGGAUCCAUGCUCAGUGUGGAGCCCAAUGUAGGGCUCAGUCUCACAACCCUGAGAUCGUGACCUGAGUCAAAAUCAAGAUCAGACACUUAACUGUGACUGAGCCACCCAGAUGCCCCACAAUUUGAAUUUUUAAAAAGAAGUUCACAUAUAUCUUCCUUGCCUUCACUUGAAUGAUUGAUGACUAAGAUGGGAAUGAUAGGGAGUCUUUAAAUAGCAGCUAGUUUCCUUUGUGUAUCAUUGUUAUUAAAAUAUCCAUUUCAAUGAAUGCACAUAGGUUUGUGGUUUUGAUGGUAUAUUCAUGGUCUUAUUAAUGUAGACAAAAGUAGCAUAGGCUUGUGGUAAAUGAGGCCUCAAUCUUGUUCUUUCAUUCGGCAUCUUCAUUGUGUUGCUCUCUUCCCUUCUAAUUUGAGGACUUUCUUUAGUGUUAUGCUUGGAUGCCUUUAGAUUUUUGGUUUGUGAUCACUAUGAAGUUUAUAUAUAACAUCCUAUGUAUAUGGCAGUCUAUUUUAAGUUGAUGGUUACUUAAGUUCAAACACAUUUUUAAAACACUACAUUUUUACACCCCACCUUGUUUUAUUUAUUUGAUGUCUUUUUACAUCUUUUUAUUUUGUGUAUCCCUUAACUAAUUCCUAUAGAUAACGCUGAUAUUACUACUUUUGUCUUUUAAGCUUCAUACUGGCUUUAUAAAAGUGAUUAAUCUAUUACCUUUACUGUAUGUUUGCUUUUACCAAUAAAAGGGGAGGAGGCAUGUGGUCAGUUGGUGUCUCUCCCAUGCCAUGUCAUUAUAGAGCAUUCUAUAUCAUUCUGACUGCUGUAGAGCAGUGGUUUUUAAAAGGUUCUCCUGGCGCCAGGAACUCAUCUAAAAAUGGUGGUCUUUUCUUCUGAUUUUGCACAUGAACAUUGUACAUCUUCAGAUUUUUUUUUUUUAAGAUUUAUUUUAUUUAUUUUUUUAGUGAAGGGGAGAGAGAGAGUACGGGAGGAGGGGCAGAGGGAGACUCCCCGCUGACCACAAAGCCUGACCCAGGGCUUGAUCUCAUGACCCUGAGAUCACGACCUGAGCAGAAACCAAGAGUCAGUCGCUUAACCGACUGAGGCACCCAGGUGCCCCCAGAGAACUUCAUUUUAGAAGAAGAAUGAGUUCUACCCUUUUUAUUUUUUUUUGAAUGAGUUCUACUUUUAGUACACUAUUGGAGGGCUGAUAUUUAAAAUUCACAAGGCAUGUAACAGUAGUUAUUAUGGGUGAGAAAUACUUGGGUAGGAAUCCCCACUAUGACAUUUGUUAACCAUGUGCCUUUGGGCCUCAACUGACUCAUCUAUAAAUAGGGUAUAAUAAUAAUAAUACAUCCCUCACAGGGGUGAUAUGAUUCAAAAGAGAAGAUAUGUAGAAGGGCUCAAUAGACUGCCUGACACAGAGUAAACAUUCAAUAAAUGGAGCUUGGCUAAUACUACUAGAAAGAAAAAUGGACAUCUUGUUAGGGUCUACCAAGGAAAGUCCUAGGUAAUCCACCAGGAAUUUUGCCUGCUCAGAAGUCUGAAGCAAUGAUGUCAAUGCUCCCACUGUAAACAUACACUCACAGAUGCUUGGGUUUUCCACAGUUUUCCAGUAAAUUACUUUUUUGUCAGGCCAGGGUCAACAGGGUUUUGACAUCCUUCUGAUUUUUAAUUUCUAUCACCUUCCUUUUAAGCAUAAAAUGCUCCAAUGUGGCUUCUUCAGAAUGAGUGCAAUGCUGCUCUCGUGGGUGGUUGGGUUAACCCUAGAGUGAGCGGUGAUGUGAAUGCAUCAGCACUUUGGGCCUGUCAUGUUGCAAUAACUAGACCUUAUGACAUGAACGCAUUAUGGCUCAAAUUAUGAGUUCUCCUGACACUUCUUUCUAGGAUCUGUGUCUGCAGUUUGGAGGAGCUUUUCCCAGUAACAGGUCUUUUGUCCCACUAAAGUGGACCAUGGUGAAAAAGAGUGCUAAAACAUGAUAAUAUAAUAUUCAAGACUGCCCCUUGGAAGCCUUGUUGCUGUUGCUAUUGUUGGAAAAUCUGAGAGUUUUUGAAAGCCAUUAACAAAUCUUAGAGCGCAGCAUGUAGGGACCACGUAGCAAUUGUCCUCUAAGUUUGGUACUAAUCCUAUCCUUUCAAAUACUAUAUUUAAUUCUGGGCUUGGUAUCUAAAAGGAGACAAAGAACUUGGAGAGAGUUUAAAGGAAAACUAUAAAAAUGAUUAAAGGUUUAGGAAACAAGACCCAUGAGGAAAAGCAAAAGAGAGGUGCUUCUUCUGCCUACAGAAUAUCACUGGAGCCGAAACUGGAGAAAAGCUUUCAACUGGAGGACAGCUCUCAUGUCUAAGCUACCCAUAGAAAACAAUUUAAGUUAAAUAUGAAAGAUCUUGACCAUGGGGAGUACUUUACCCAGAAGGCCAUGGUGCAAAAGGUUAUUACAAAUAGGGUAGAUUUGCAGCUGCCAGGAAGGAGAGUCGGGGCCCACCUGAUGAUAAGAAAUACCACGAUGUCCUUUUGAAAUUUCUUUUCAGUCUCAUGAUCCUAGGAUUGUUUCUGUUUCUGUAAGUGACUAGCCGAUGUUAAGGUGCAAAUGGUGAGAUCCCAACCUCGGUUGUGUUUAAGAUCCCAAUCGAACCCUGAUGAUCCAGAUGAACACUACACCUUGUGGUAAUUCAGUGAAUGUGACUCAAGAAUGGUAAUGACCAUAGCGACGAAGAGAGAGAGAGAACACAAGCAGGGGGAGUAGCAGGCAGAGGGAGAAUCAGGCUCCUGCUGAGCAAGGAGCCCAGUGCAGGACUUGAUCCCAGGACCCUGGGAUCAUGACCUGAGCCGAAGACUCACUGAGGUACAGAUGAUAAGCUGUACGAACAUGGCCGUAAGUGAUCACUGGAUGAGCCAGGGUAAAAAACUAUAUAUGGUAAGCAUUUGCUUGGUAUUAGGAAGGUUUAAAAUAAAAGUCUACAAAACACAUCCCCUGUCCUUACAAAAACAAACAUGCUAAAGAAACAUGUUGUAUUUGCUAGUAGGACCAAGCUAUUUAUAAUAUAAAAUAAUUUUUUAAAUCAAACUGGUUUAAAGUCUUGAUACACCAGAAUUUGGAAGAAGCCAUAAUAUCAAACAAAGAAAAUUCAGAAUUUGACUUUAAAUGUUGCUUUGACAGCAACAUAAGUAUAUUUGCCAAACCUGAUUAGCCUAAAUCCAAUAAUGAAGAAACAAAUGGAGAAAUCCAGAAUGGGAGACAUUGGUCAAGAUUCUUAGGGAAAAAGUCAUUAGUGUAGAAUAUUUUUUUAACGCAGGGAAAUUGUUUUAAGUAAGAACUAAAGAAUAACCAAAUGGAGUGUACAAACCUUGCUUGAAACCCAGAUUAGGGGGAAAAAAAAAAAAAGAACAAAAACCCAACUAUAAGACAUUUUUUGGAACAACUGAGGAAAUUCAAAUAUAGACUAUAUAUUAAAUGGUAUAAUACAAUUAAUGUUAAUGUUCUUAAAUGUGGUCAUUCUAUUCUGAUUGGUUAUGUAAAAAAUGUUCUUUGUUCUCAGAUGAUUCUCCCUCUCUUUUCCUCCAUAUGUGCAUGUGUAUGAAUAGUCAGCUGAAUUCUUUUUUUUUUUGCUAAACAAAGAACAAAGAAUUUAAUCAAUAAAACAAGUCAGAAUAUUCCAGAUACAUAUUUGUGUAUAUAUACAUGUGCAUAGAUAUAUACAUAGAUAAAGCAGAUGUGACAAAAUAUUAAAAAGUGGUGAAAUUGGGUAAAGAGUAUGUGUUCAUUGUACUGUUCUUUCAACUUUCCUAUAGUUUUUUAAUUUUCAAAAUAAAAAUGGGGAAGGUGUAGAAUUGUUUUAAAACAGUGCAGUUAGCAAACCCCAGUAUAUGAUGAAAAACCCAUAAAGUAUUUGAAGUAACAAAAGAAGUGAACUACUUUUGGUGGUCUUUAUUUUCUUGCAGCCUCUCUUACUCUCAAAUUAAUACUUGCCAUUCAAGAAGUAUUUGCUAUAAAUACAAAAACUUCCAAAGCUAAGAAAUUAAGGGCUGUGGAAAUUCAAAGGAAGCAAACAAACAAAACCUAAGUCAUUCUCCAUGUAUGUAUGUCAAGUCAUUAUGUGGUUUAUCUGUAUGUUAAUAAAACUGGAAAAAAAAUAAGUCCUAUAGAAAUUCAAAUGUAGAGCCAUUGUCUCGUGAUUCACAAUUCCUUUUAUCCCUGAGUUUUCAGACCGCCCAUCUGUGUUUGCCUGUGGGAUCAUAUCUAAUAGUGGAAAAGUGAAUAAAAGUUAGGGGCAUAAUUAUAAAAAUGCUUUGAGUUCAUAUUCUUUAAGAUGUCAGAAUACAGCCCCUAGGCUAUAAUUUUAGUAAGAACCUUAAUAGUACAUGAAGUUUAUUUAAGCAGAUUGUCCACUGAACUGAUCCCAUUAAUCCAAACUGUCACAAUUUUAAAAUGUUUCUAUGUCCUGAUGUCCUCGAGUGUAAAUAAUCGAUGAACUGCACCAAAUUCAAUUCAAUUUGCCAGCUUUAGCCUUUUCAUUGUCUCGGUCCAUCACAACCCUCCCUAUGUUCAUGUGUGAUCUGCCAGAUUAGUUGUAACUUGCAUAUUUUAUAUUUAGAUUAGGGAAUCCUUCUGGAAUGCUACAGACUUGUUUUGCUUUGUUCAUUGAAUUCUUUGUUGCAUGUCUUGCAAAAAAAGGAUUCAGCUGGAUCGUAAAGGGCUCCACCCAGUAAAUGCUUCAGAAACACAAGUUGGACAGAGCAUUUUGUUUUCUGGUCUGAGUCACCAGAUGACUUGUUGGAUUUUGAGAGCCUGCUGAAGCAGGACAGGCUUGAGGCAUGACUCAGAGCCACUGUGUUCAUGGUGGGCUCAUUUCACAUCAGGUUCAUUAAAGGGUCUGUGGAUUUUUUUUCUUGUGAUCUUCAUGUUACAAGAUUUCCUUUGAAGCAUUUAUUAUUGAAGCAAUAUUGAAAUUCUUUUGUGUUAUCAUAUAGGUACUAAACAAUUUGGGAGAGUUGGAGUCCAUUAAAGUAUUUCUGGGAACAUGCAAUCCAUUCUUGCAGCAAGAGGGGAAACAUUCUACUCUACGAUGGCCUGGAAGUAUCCCUUCCCUCUAUGCUUUGUGGAAGAAAUGGGAGCCAAUUAUUUCUGAGGAUGCCCUUGUAUGUGUGUGCUUCUGAUACAACAGGUCAGAUAAAGCUUUGGUAUUUCUUAAAUAAUUGGAAGCUCGUAUUUACACCAAAAAAACCACUAUGCCAUGAUUUUGUCAUGUGAGCUGACUCCAAACUAAAAGGUCAGGUAGACAAGCCCCUCUUCAAGUUUUUUCUAUUUCUGGGAAGCUCGGGCUAGCUCUGUUCCCUGGGUCAGAGAGGAGGUGAUAAACAAACUCACACAAAGCCGAGUGAUUCAGUGCUUAGGAGGCUGUAUCAGAAGGCAUGACUUCAUCCAAACAAUGAACUGCUGAUACUGAGAAAUUUGGCCAUCAGCCAGAAUAGGAGAUGUUUCCGAGUUUCACAUCAGUUAUUUAUCCUAUAACUAUUUACUGAUUACUUCCCAUAGGUAGACUGUCAUAGCUGUUGGGGAUACUCAGAAGCUUUUGCUUUCAAAGAGCUUGUGAUUUGGUAGCGGAGACAGCAAAAAGACAAUUAUAAAACAUUAUAGUAGCAUAAGAGCAGGUACACAGACAUGCCCAAGAUGUGGGAUGUCAGAAGAGAAGCACAAGAACAGAAAUUGUGUUUGCCAGACAUCCUCUACACCUCUUUCUCUUUGGGUAGCAGUCAUAAGGUCAGAGGUCAGAGGGCUGAUCCCAGCUGAGGGUGUGGGGUGCUGGGCGUGGGAUGGCGGCUGAGGAACCUAAGUCACUCAGAAGCCACAGGCCUCACACUAGAUGCAAGUCAUCACCUGGGACACUGGUCUGGGUUCAUGUGUCACAGUUCAGGCCAUCCAGAGCUUUUCUGAGAACUUUGGGAAACAAGUGUUCAUGCUCUUAUGUUGCUGUUAAUUGAGAUAUAAUGUGCACACCGUAAUACUCAAUUCACCCUUUUACAGUGUACCGUUCAGUAGUUUGAGUAUAUUCACAAAGUUGUGCAACCAUCACCACUAUCUAAUUCCAGAAUAUUUUCAUCACCCCAAAAGAACCUUCAUACUCAUCCUUGUCUCCCUGCAACUCCUGGCAACCAUUAACCUAUUCUCUAUGCCUUUAGACGAUUCUGAAUAUUUCAUGUAAGUGGAAUCAUAUAAUAUGUGGCUUUUUGUGUCUAGCUUCUUUUGCUGAGCAUAAUGCAUGCAGGGUUCAUCCACACUGCAGUGUGUAUCAAUGCUUCAUUCCUUUUCAUGAUGGAAUAUUCCAUUGUGCAGAUAUACCAACCACAUUUGGUUUAUCCAUUCAUCAGUUGAUGGGUUGUUGUGGUUUUUUUUGUUUUUUCACUUUUUGGCUAUAAUGAAUAAUGCUGCUACAAACAUUUUUGCCUAAGUUUUUUUGUGUUCACAUGUUUCCAGUUCUUUCGGGAAGAUACCGAGGAGUGGAAUUGCUGAAUCAGAUGGUCAAUUUAGGUUCAAUUAUUUGAGGAACUACCAGAUUGUACCAUUCUUCAUCCCCACCAGCAACGUGCAUUUCUCCACAUCUUCGCCAACGUUUGCUAUUGUUUGUCUUUUUGGAUACAGCUCUCCCAGUGUGUGUGAAGCAGUAUCUCAUUAUGCUUUUAAUUUGCAUUCCCCUAAUGACUAAUGGUGUUGACCUUUCUCUGUGCUUAUUGGCCAUCUGUAUAUCUUCGGAGAAAUGUCUAUUCAAAAUCUUUUUCCAUUUUUAAAUUGGGUUAUUUGUCUUUUAAUUUUUAAGUUGUCAGAGUUCUUUAUAUAUUCUGAAUACCAGACCUGAUCAUCUAUAUGAUUUGCAAAUAUUCUUUUUUUUUUUUUUAAUGAGUCAGGGGUGCAUUUAUUUGGUGACAUUGUGUGCUUUGAUUAGUGCUGCUCCCCACGGGGAGCCCACCCAGGACCACGCAGCAAACCAGCCAAACACAGAGCAGAGGUACUUCCAGGCUAACUUACCCUGGUGUUUAGAACAACCAUUCUUACGCUGUGUAAAAUGACCUCCCAGGAUAUUUUGCUGUUUUUCCCCAGGUCUGGGCUCGCAGGAAGCCUUAAUAAAUAUUUGCUCUAAAUUUUAUCUGUUCAUAUAAUUUUAAUUGAAUCAUUUGUUAAUGGGAAAACAUUCCUCAAAUCAUCUGUAUGUAUUCCGUUUGACUUAAUCCUCAGCUGUCGCAAAUCACUUUUCUGGAGAAGCCUUCCCUGGCCACACUAGCAGAAACAGCGGAAGCUUGCCUCGUUCUCCAUUCCUCUAGCUUGCUUUACUCUUUACAGCACACAUCACCUGGUAUGUUACACAUUCACUUGUCGAUUAUCUCGUGAGCAGCUGUGCACAUGCGCACACGCACACGCACGCGCGCCCACGCACACACAAUAGUCUGAGUUCCGUUACAGAAGGGGGUCGCCAUGGCAACGGACGCCGGGUUCUGGACUCCCAACUGCCCCAAGCCCGCAGCUGUGCGGGAGGCGCCCGGCCGCAGCGGCCAGCCCCUGGCUCCGAUGGAGAGCGAGGAGGACACGUCCAAGACCGAGGAAUGCCGGAAGAUCCUCGAGAACCUCGUGUCGACUCUGGAACAAUUCCGGUUCAGCCCCAGAUGACCCGCACGAGCCACCGCGGCCCGCGCAGCGCCACCUCCCCUUCCUUCGGGCCACGCGCCCCUUUCCCGCGCCUCCCGCCCGCGCUCCAGGCGCGGGAAAUUGAUUUCUUAAGUGCAUUCACAUAAACUGAGCACAUGGACUCUGGAGCCAGAGUGCCUGGGUUCAAAUCCUGCGACCCUCUACAGGGCCCCUGAGUUGGGCGAGUUCCUUAAAAACUUCUGUCGCAGUUACCUCGUGGGGAAACCGCCGUGUCGGUGGUGGUCGGUGUAGCUGAGAGUGAACACGAAAGGGGUGCAUGUGCGUACUGUGUGUAGACGAGCGCCGUACACAUAUACACAGAGUACCCUGUAGGUGUUUGCCAACGUCGUUGUUAUCCCUUGAUCCUUUCUUCACAUUUCCUCCCUUUCAUCAUCCUUUGCCCCCCUCUGCCCAUAUUGUGUCUGUUCGGAUAACAUAGAGCUGAUGAGCCUGGAAAAAUGUGUUUUUCCUUCCAAAAACCCUUUAAGAUCAGUAAGUGGCCAGCACUAGGUUAGCUACUGUGCAAGCACUUAGAGUUCCCUAAGUCAAGGGCUUCAUGGUGCCUGGUAGGCCGGCUUGGAGAGGCAAGCCCGGCACACUGAGGCUCCGGAGUGAGAAGAAAGGACCAGCACGGUACUUGCCCCAUGGUGGAGACUGACCCAGUGAGACAAUGCUGCCAGCUCAGCGUAAGUG